CCCUAGCAAUUCAUUACACCUCACGCCUAACCCACCGCUGCCUAUUGGGGGGCGCUCGAAGAAGUAAGAGCCGGGGGGCGGAGAGAGACUUCGGCGAGAUAUCGACGCCGCAGAUGCAUCGGCGUCGGUUGCCACUCCACAUCCCAUCCAUCUCCUCGUUCCGCUGCCUUGCUCGCUUCCUCCACUCGGAGCCCCUCCCCUCCGAUCCCCGCCUCGGUUUUGUCCGCCAAGAGUUGCAAUCCAUUGAUCACCGGUCUUCGCCACUGCCUAAUGGACCGCAGCAGCAUUCCGUACAUCACCCGAGGAGCGACGUUGCCAUAGAGGUGGAGGUAUCUCACCCGUGGCCGGAAUGGGUGCACUUCAUGGGGCUCCUCUUCAGAAAGGGCUAUUUGGACCGCUCUAACGUGCAGGCGCUUCAUGGGUCUUCUUACUCUUUCAGCGCCUCUAAAGAUUCUAAUAGUAUCAGGACUGCAUGCCUCAAUUUCGCAAGAGACCGACUUGAUAUCGUCAGAUAUUUGUCUAGAAGAGACAUUUAUAUAAUUGGGCAAUGUGGAUGUCCCAGCCUUGACAGAAAAGUAGUCAACUCAGGAAAGCGCAUGAGGGCUCAUGUGGGUAUCCAGGAAGGAGAUGUUUGCAGCUCAUGCAGUCUACGAGGAAAUUGUGACAGGGCAUAUGUUAAGGCACGUGAAGAGGAAGUUGGGAGAACUGUUGAUGUGAUGCGCAUUCUUUUGACCUAUGGACUGGAUGUUAUAACUGGAUCAGUAGAGAAUCCAGCAUGCUUAAACAAAACUGUUCAUGAAUCUGUCAAGAAACUACUGAAUGAGAUGGUGGAAUUUGGUUCGAAGGAUGUUAACUCAAACAGUCUAAUGUCAGCAUCUAAGAGGCAUUUUGCCAGGCAGGAAAAAUCAAGCACUCCUCUACUUUUUAAAGGCCAGAUUUCUGUUCCUAUGAAGCAAGGAGAUUGGAUCUGUCCAAUAUGCAAUUUUCUGAACUUUGCCAAGAACAUGAAAUGCUUGCAUUGCAAUGGGGAGUCCCAAGAGAGAUUUAAGAGGUUGCAAGAGGAUGAAAAUCAUCUUCCUCUGAAGAAAGGUGAUUGGAUAUGUGAAAAGUGUAAUUUCUUGAACUUUGCCAAGAAUACAAAGUGUUUGCAAUGCCAUGAGAAGCCAUGUAAUCGGCAGCUCAAUCCUGGAGAAUGGGAAUGUGUCUCGUGUAAUUACAUUAAUUUCCGAAAGAAUGCCUUUUGUUUAAAAUGUGGCUGGAAGCGACCAAAAGCAAUGAAUGAUUUUUCUACAUCCCAACCUGAUGGUCAAACAGAUGGGAAGAGUUGUGGUUUCACAUUUGUUAGAGAUAGUGUCAUCACUGGAAACAAGUCUGUGACACAAGAUUCUGAACUCGGUUUUCCAAGUUUUGUUGAGGCUGAAAUUGAUGAUAGCAAUGGCAGUAAGUUCGAUUUACGGGAAAGUUUUGAUAAUUUUCCAAUAAUUGGAGGUAGCAGUGAAGUUUCACAAAAUCCUACUGCAAGGCAGAGGUGGAAGGAAAAAAUGUUUAAAACAAGGCAUCAAGAGCCCAUUACUGAAUCUAUAUAUGAAACUGACGGUUUGGUAGCAUCUGCAAGACAUACCUAAUGAGAAUGACAUGGCAGAGUGAUUUGGCCUGCCUUCUGAUCCACCAAGGCAAAUUGGUGAGGGAAAAACGAUGCAUUCUCUUUCAGAUGGCCUUAGGUGUUUAAGAGAAUCAUGCCAAAGAGACUAGAAUAAUCAACUAUCAUUCUUCCAUUGGUAUGCUAGUUUUCUAGCACAAUUCAUAAAAUUAUAUUUUUUGAAGAGAUAUACAUCUGUCAAGGAAUUGGUGCUUCUACAAUAAACUUGUAUGAAAGAAGCAACUUGUGAUUUCUUAUUGCAGUUAUAACUAUUUAGUCGAACCUAACUAGUUGUAAUAUAUUUGCGUGUACUCAGCACUAUCUAUACAGCCCUUGAGUUGAUUUUGCUUA